AUGGGAGCCCUAAGCAGUAGAAUGUGGUCUGGAAGAAAUCCUGAAGAAGAUGAACCUCCGAGAGAAGGUGGUGCUGCUGCUAGAGAAGAGGAGGCCCCAGUGGAAGCCGCAGAACAAGCGGGACCGGCCGUUGUCCAUGAAGAGCAGGCAAGUGAACUGCCGGGGGUUUCCACUGGUCAGGCAGGCCACAAACGGAAGGCCAGCCCAGGAGGACCAAGGGCGAAAGUACCCCGUAAGAAAAUGGACAAGUCCAGAGGCAUUUAUGAGUCACUUUUUCUUGGUGGCGAGAAUAGUGACGUAAAGAUCUGUGCAUUUCAGCGGGAGUGGCGCUUGCACAGGUCCUACCUAUGCCGAUCUGGGUACUUUUCUAGCAUGUUCUGUGGUGCUUGGCUGGAGACAAAUAUGAGUACAAUAGAGAUGCAGAUGCCUGACGAAAAUAUUGAUCGCGAGGCUUUCCAUGAGGUUUUGGGCUUCUUGUACAGUAGAAGAAUUGCAAUUCCUCCCUCCAGAGUCAUUGCCAUCUUGGCCACAGCUAGUAUGCUACAAUUGGAUGAACUAAUUCAGCAGUGUGAAGAUCUGAUGAGGGCCACAGUCAGGACUGAUACUGUGUGCAGUUACUACUAUUCUGCUGAGAAUUACGGGCUCCAGAGCAUCAGAUAUAUUUGCCGCCAGUGGCUCUUGGAUAACCUGAUGAUUCGGCAAAAUGAUGAACUGUUGUUAGAAAUCAAUCUGAAUCUCAUGAAAGAGCUCAUUGCCUCGUCAGAUCUUUUGGUAGUUGGAGUGGAGAUGGAUGUGUAUACCACACUGAAAAAGUGGAUGUACCUGCAUCUAGAAGCACGCACGUGCUCAGAAUCUCAAAGAGCAGUAUUGCCUGCACAGUUGUGCUUUGCCAAGUUCAGAAGUGAGUCAGAUAGUAGCCCUUUUCUGGACAGUAAUCAGGGGAGAACCUUUGUGCCAGUGUUCCAGAAGCUAAGGCUUCCCUACAUCAUCUGUGACCUGCCUUCAGCACACGUUAUUGACCAGGAUGGACUGAUCCCUGCAACAUGGUUGACCCCAGUUUACAAAGAGCAAUGGCUUGCACUUCUUCGGGCAGAGCAAUCCAGGGAACUUGGGCCAAUGGAUAUCUAUGUAUCUGACAUCGGUGGAAAUAGCAUGAGGUGUGGAGGCCAACUUCUCUCAGAUGAGCAAUGCAGCUGGACCUGGACUGGCUUUAACUUUGGCUGGGACUUGGUAGUAUGCUAUGUCAACAAGCGCAUUGUAUUCCGCCGCAGUGCAAUGAAUAAAUCCUGUGGCCUUGGUGUCAGCUUACUCUGGCAGAAAAGUUGCCUUCCGCUCAGAGUGAUCUCAUUGGACAGUACUGGAAAAGCUGUUCUCCGGAGAGAGACCGAAUAUUCUGUUCUUUCUCUGAGAAAGGAUCAAGAACUAGAAGUGGUGAACCUACAAAACCAAGACUUAACAUUCCCCAUGUAUGUGGCAUGUAACUUCCUCUACCUUCCUGGAGAGAGUGGUGCAGGACCAAGUGGGGAAUCAAGCAGAAGUCCAAUGAACUAA